AUGGCCAUUUUCUUUGAAUUCAUCGCUGACUGCUACCGCUCCAAGAUCCGCAACAAACGGCUGGCCAAGCUUGGAUCCCAAGCUUCAAGUACAACUCAAUCCAGCUCCCAGUCGCCGUCUGGUGACAACGAUUCGGAAGCCAUAACCUCCUCUCCUGUCCGAGAACCUACAUCCCAGAGACCGCAGAUCAAUAUUUCAAGCAACCAAGCUCCGUCAUACCCGCCAACAUCAUCACAGUCAGAUAUGCGGCAACCUAACGAAGAGGCACCUCGAAUACGAAUCGGAGCUCAGCCGUCACAAAGCAAGGCGAAGUCUCCCGAUGUGUCCGGUACCACCACGCCUCGAGUGCCCCCACGAUCUAGUGAAACGGUUGAAGAUUUUGAGGACAAGACGUUGAGAGCUGUCUUUCGAGUUACGCUGGAUGAAAGUCGACGUGUUGAUGUUCAAGGGCAGAAACUUAGUUAUCUCGUUGGGCUCGUGCAAGAACUUCAGGAGCAGGGCCAGGCACUCCGUAUGAAUAUUGACGUUUUAGAUCAGGCGCUUCUCGAAGCUGCAUCUAACACCGACAAUGGCAAACCCAUGGAAUACUUGCUUCCAUGUUGGAAGAGGGUAACAAGGCUGUAUAAAGGAUUCCGAAAGCAGAACGCGGAUGACCGCAAGUAUGUCAUAGUUUCGGAGGCAAGACGACUGUGCAUGAGUUACUGUAUAUUUGCGGCGACAAUUCCGGAGAUGUUUGGCCUUGGGACCCCUCCAUCUUCUACGCUCAAACCUCAUCUCCUUCGAGAUCCAGAGGAUGACUUGGGGCUAUGUCACGACUUUAUUACAGAAGCCGUUAAGAGAUCGAAUGAAGAUGAAACGAUUCUUCCUGCUUUCGUUGGAGCUGUUGAAGAAAUGAGCCAUGACCUUUCUAGCUUAACUUUGAACAUGGAUUACAAACCCUAUGUGAUGGCACUGCGAAACCUUGUCCGGUUUCCUCCAUUGGCUGUCGCCAUCACUGAGUCAGAGCUGUUGAACACUUCUGUCAAUGCUGAGCAAUUCGAAACUGCGACACUUCUUGGACCCUGGUUUCGCCUCUCUCCUUUGCAACGUGAUGUGCCACUCAAUUACUUUUCAAGCCCCAAAACUCGGGACCAUGGAUUUAUAGUCAACUCACAAAGAGCCGUGCGCAUGAUGCAACAAUUACUUAGUUCAGAUCUGUUGGAUAUCAUCAACCAGCUUAUCCGAGCUUCGAAAUCCGCAAGGGAACGAGUCCUUGACUGGUUUGCGGCAUCCGUUAACCUCAACCACAAGAGAAGAGCACUUCAAGUUGAUCACAAGACAGUCUCUUCGGAUGGCUUUAUGUUUAACAUCACGACAUGCCUCGACCAACUCUGUGAGCCCUUUAUGGAUGCUGCGUUCACAAAGAUUGAUCGCAUUGAUAUCGGCUAUCUAAAACGGAAUCCUCGAGUCAAUAUGAGAGAUGAAACCAAGAUUAAUGCUGACCAGCACGCUUCGGAUGCAUUUUAUGACCAAGUCGAGGAAGGAACAUCAAAUUUCAUUACUGAAAUAUUUUUCUUGACUGUCGCUGCUCACCACUAUGGUAGCGAAUCGUUAACGGCAAAGUUAGAGCAACUGGAGAAAGACCUUCGCCAUAUGGAAACCCAAAUUGAUAAGUUGGAACUUGAGAGACAUAAGUGGAAGUCUAAUCCAAUUCAGCUCAGAAUGUUUGAAGACGCGUUGAAAAAGUACAAAGACAAAUUUGAUCUUGGACUUUCGUUCAAGUACACCUUACAAGGCAUCUUACUAGACGAUAUAUGGCAGGCCCGGUCUAUGCAAGUUAUGCGAUACGUCAUUGUUUGGCUCUUGAGAAUUGCAUCAGGUCGUAAUUUCCCGACGGAGGCUCUGAAACUACCGCUUCCUGAAAAGCAACCAGAGAAUUUCAAAUGUCUCCCCGAGUACUUCGUGGAUGAUGUUGUCAGCAGCUUCAAAUUCAUCAUGUGGAGUAUGCCUCAUGUGGUAACCUCCACGCAAGGUGAUGAGUUGAUCAUGCUGUGCAUCACAUUUCUGCAGAGUUCGGAGUAUAUCAAAAACCCGUAUCUCAAAGCUGGAUUGGUUACGAUACUCUACAGAGGGACCUGGCGACGGCGUAAUGGUUCCAGGGGCGUUCUUGUUGACCUCCUCAAUUCCUUACCUUUCGCCACAGAGCAUCUACUUCACGCGUUGAUGAAAUUUUACAUAGAAGCGGAGUUUACAGGUACACAUACGCAAUUUUUUGACAAGUUUAAUAUUCGAUACGAGAUCUUCCAGAUUAUCCAAUGUAUCUGGCCGAAUCCUGUCUACCGAGACAAGCUUCAUAAUGAAGCCAACUGGAACCUUGACUUCUUCGUUCGCUUUGUUAACCUCCUUUUGAACGAUGUUACGUUUGUGCUCGAUGAAUCCUUUACGGCUUUCUUGACGAUUCAUGAUCUGCAAGUUGAGCUUAGGCGCGAAGGAUCUAAUAUGGAGCAAAAUGUUCGCCAACAAAAGGAAGAACAACUCGCUGCGGCACAAGGCCGAGCGAAAUCUUAUAUGCAGCUUACAAAUGAAACGGUGGCAAUGCUUAAACUCUUCACGGAGGCAUUGGCUGAUUCAUUUACAAUGCCCGAGAUCGUACAGCGCCUUGCUGACAUGUUGGAUUACAAUUUAGACGCUAUGGUUGGCCCCAAGAGCGCAAACCUCCGGGUUGACAACUUGGCAGAGUAUGGCUUCAAACCGAGGUCGCUUCUAAGUGAGAUUGUCGAUGUGUACCUGAAUCUUAUGGACAAAGAAAACUUUGUUGUGGCUGUUGCCCGUGAUGGCCGAUCCUAUAAGCCGUCGAACUUUGAAAAAGCAGCUGAAAUUCUCCGUAAAUGGGCACUGAAACCGCAGGAGGACCUCUCCAAGUGGGAACAGCUGCAGACCAAAUUCAGGGUUGCCAAGGAAGCCGAUGAGCAAGCUGAAGAGGAUCUUGGAGAUAUUCCUGACGAAUUCCUAGAUCCCUUGGUGUAUACUCUCAUGGAAGAUCCUGUUAUUCUUCCUAGCUCUAAGGUUUCCAUUGAUCGUUCUACCAUUCGAUCCCAUCUUCUCAGUGACCCAAAUGAUCCAUUCAAUCGGGCCCCAUUGAGCAUCGAGGACGUUAUUCCUGAUACGGAGACGAAAGCCAAAAUAGAAGCUUUUAAAGCCGAGAGAAAGGCUGCAAAGUUGGCAGCAAUGACUGCCUCUGCUCUAGAAACCAUGGAUACGACUGAUGGCUAA